AUGAUUACCUUGUGGUUGACGGUGGCCCUGUGUGUGGUCAUUCACUGGCUCUACCAGGUCAACAAAGACUACUACAUUCUGGCCUUCUUCUCAAGGCGUGUCUACACAAGGGAUGACCGGCCGGUGGAGAGCCUAGUACCUUCGCCCAAGGGCCGGACGAUCUUUGCUCACUGCUUCGAUCUGUACGGCAAAGACAACGCUGGUGUUUUCAAAUUCACGCGCGACUUGUCAAAGACUCUUGGUAAGAGUUAUGUUCGAUAUGUCGUAGGCAUGCCCAUUUACAACGUAAUCGAUGCCGAAACUGCCGAAAUGAUACUGACCGAUCAGAAAUCGCUGAUAGGAAAAGGAUGUGUCUACAAUUUUCUUCAUCCAGCCCUGAAGACGGGUCUUCUGACAUCACAAGGAGACAAAUGGCAUGCGCGUCGCAGGAUGCUGACACCCACAUUCCAUUUCAAUAUACUGGGACAGUUUCAGGAGAUUUUCCAAGCCGAAAGUCUCAAGUUUGUGCAGCAGUUUCAAAGUCAAGACGAGAACAUCGUCUCCCUGAGCGAGCUCAUACCCAGAUUUACGCUUAACACCAUUUGUGAGACGGCUAUGGGAGUGAAACUGGAUGAAAUGGCCGAGAAAGGUGAUCGCUACCGGGAGAGCUUCCAUAUGAUCGAGAAGAGUUUCGUCCGGCGCCUCAGCAAUCCUUUCUUAAGAAGCACUACCAUCUACAAUUUGUUUGUGGCCAAGGAGUACGCUCCGUUCCUGAAAGUGGUCCACGACUUUUCCAGCGAGAUCAUUGCCAAGCGGAGGAUACUGCUCGAGGAGGAGCUGGAACACAGAAGAUCUACUCAGACGGCCGAUGAUGACAUCUUUGUCAGCAGACACAAACGAUUUGCAAUGCUCGAUACCUUGAUAUGUGCCGAGAAGGAUGGGAUGAUCGAUCACGCUGGUAUCUGCGAGGAGGUAGACACCCUGAUGUUCGAGGGCUAUGAUGUGAGCUCCAUCACUCUCAUCUUCACCCUGAUGAACAUGUCGCUGUAUCCGGAUAAGCAGGAGCUCUGCUUCAAGGAAAUUCAAGAGCACAUUGAGGAUGACUUCAGCAAUCUGGACAUCAAUCAGAUGAGCAAGCUAAAGUACCUGGAAUACUUUAUAAAGGAGACGAUGCGCCUGUUCCCGCCCAUUCCACUUAUGGGCCGUCAAGCAGUGCAGGAAACAGAGCUGGCCAACGGGCUCAUCCUUCCCAGCGGCACCCAGAUCCACAUACACACCUUCGACAUCCAUCGCAAUCCCAAGCACUGGGACUCCCCAAACGAGUUUCAGCCGGAACGUUUUCUGCCGGAGAACAGCCAGAACCGUCCUGUCUACGCCUACAUUCCGUUCAGUGCGGGGCAAAGGAAUUGCAUUGCUCAAAAAUUCGCCAUGCAAGAGAUGAAAACCCUGAUGACUGUUAUUCUCAAGAAGUUCGAGAUCCAACCGCUGGUCGAUCCCAAGUCGAUUGUCUUCCAUGUGGGAAUUACACUGCGCAUCAAGAACCAUAUUCGCGUUAAGCUAGUGAGACGAAAGUGAUUUUGUCGCUAAUAAAACUCCAGUUAGU